ACCUCUAUGAUCCCAACGAAGGGGGAAAAAAAUAGCCUUACGCUAAAAGGGAGUUGUACGAGAACUGGUCCGGGGUUCCAAUCCGUCUCAAUCCUCUCGUUUUUUCCUCAAAAUGAACCCCCAACAUAAGAGAACAUAAACUACGUGUUUUACACUAUCGAUUGAUACCAAAAUUAUAGGUAUCCGAUAUUCGGACAAGGAAAAAAGGGAUGGUGAAUUUUGGACUGCACAGAAGAAUCCGAAUCCGGGGAGACAAGAAUUGAGCUUUUUUUUUUUUCCCCCGAGGUUGUCAAGUGAACAACCACUUUAGGACACAAAUACAAGGAGGACAUAGAAGACACGUAAAGGUUGAAAAUAAAUUAAGGAUUAACUUGUGUAACGUUAGCCAGCAGCAGAAUGGAGCUAAGAGUGGGAAACCGAUACAGACUCGGCAGAAAAAUCGGAAGUGGAUCAUUCGGUGACAUCUAUUUAGGCACAGAUAUUUCUGUGGGGGAAGAGGUUGCGAUUAAGUUGGAAUGUGUGAAGACCAAGCACCCCCAGCUCCACAUCGAGAGCAAGAUCUACAAGAUGAUGCAAGGCGGAGUUGGAAUUCCAACAAUAAAAUGGUGUGGUGCAGAAGGUGACUACAAUGUAAUGGUGAUGGAACUGUUGGGACCCAGCCUGGAGGAUCUCUUCAACUUUUGCUCCCGCAAGUUCAGCCUCAAGACAGUUCUUCUGCUUGCUGAUCAAAUGAUCAGUCGCAUUGAAUACAUUCACUCCAAGAACUUCAUCCACAGAGAUGUGAAGCCAGAUAACUUUCUGAUGGGACUCGGCAAAAAGGGAAACUUAGUCUACAUCAUUGACUUUGGCCUGGCUAAAAAGUAUCGUGAUGCCCGCACUCACCAGCACAUCCCCUACCGCGAGAACAAAAACCUGACUGGCACUGCACGAUACGCCUCAAUCAACACUCAUUUGGGGAUCGAGCAGUCAAGGCGUGACGACCUUGAGUCUCUGGGCUAUGUUCUUAUGUAUUUUAAUUUGGGCUCCCUGCCUUGGCAAGGCCUCAAGGCUGCCACCAAGAGGCAAAAGUAUGAACGCAUAAGUGAAAAGAAAAUGUCCACCCCCAUUGAGGGUCUAUGCAAGGGAUAUCCAUCUGAAUUUGCAACAUACCUGAAUUUUUGUCGUUCAUUGCGCUUUGAUGACAAGCCAGACUACUCAUAUCUACGCCAGCUAUUUCGGAACCUGUUUCACAGACAGGGAUUCUCUUAUGACUAUGUGUUUGACUGGAACAUGCUCAAGUUUGGUGCCAACCGUGCAGCAGAAGAAGCAGAGCGAGAGCGUCGGGACCGGGAAGACAGGCUGAGACAUGGAAGGAACCCAGGGGCCAGGGGUGUGCCUGCUGCCUCAGGACGACCACGAGGGGCUCAAGAUGGAGCUCCGCCCACCCCACUCACACCCACCUCGCAUACAGCUUCCCCACGUCAAGCCUCUGGCAUGGAGCGUGAACGAAAAGUCAGCAUGCGACUGCACCGUGGUGCCCCUGUUAAUGUUUCAUCUUCAGAUCUUACUGGACGUCAAGACACUUCACGCAUGUCCACUUCACAGAAUAGCAUUCCCUACGAACAUCACGCCAAGUAGAGGCUCGCCAUGUCCUUGUGUGACAGCGACAGCACUGGAUGGUGUCAAGCGCACUGCCUGGUGGUCUCCAUCCCCUCGCUCCUCGAUGAGCCAUUUACCACACAGCCUCACAGUCCAACCCUGGCCCACUGAGACACGAUCAGACACUAACAGUACCACCGCUACUCUGCAAUCACUUGUGCAACAGCUAACAUGGAUGCCAGCGUACGGGAAGUGCUUUCUUACUGACUGCUGUCAGUAUGGUCACCUCACCAGAAUCUUGUACACACUCUUUACUGUCAUUACCCCCUUUUUUUGUUUGAGUCUCAGGACGGUUUCCUGUCCACUUUUUUUAAACAGAGGUAUCAGGACAAGUCAGACAGCCCAAUCAGGUCAUGCACGCCUUUUUGUAAUCACAUUUGAGCAAGACAAUGAUCGUGGCAACCUUUCAGUGACACUCUGAUCAUACACAUCCAGUCUGUGGGUCGAAACCCAACUGCUUGGCGCGACGUUUCUACUCUUUUGUUACACUUGAAAGUACCAAUCAUGUUUUGGUAUUUCAGACGCAGGAGGCUCAUAUACUCACCAGGUAGUUUCUGGUUCCCAGCCCAGUGCUCCUUUUCUUAGUGUACUGACACUGCACUUUUUCAAGGGUGCAAGAGCUUCAUUUUGACACUUUUGAUCAGAUUUCUAUUCACUGUGUACAGAUGUAAAAAAAAAAAAAAAAAAAAAGACAAAAAAGAAAUUGCGCUGUCUUAUUUGUAUUGUUUUGAAGCUGUGAAAUACUUGCAAUAUAGAUGUGUAAAUAUCUUUUGUCUUUUUGAUUUACUUUCAUAGUUAGGGAUGAGUCUAAGCAUUCUUUACAAGCUUUGAUUUAGGAGGCCGGCUGCAGCAAAGUUAGGCAGCCAUAAAUAAGUGUAGUGUCUACUUGUCAGCGUGUCCCCUCACCCUUUUCUCAGACUUUGUCUUUUUCAUACACUUUGCAGUCAAGGACACCCUUGUCAGUAAAAGAGGUUCACUGAUUCUCUCCCACAUCAGUGGUGCAUUAUUUUGCUCAAUCCUUCUUUGAUCAAGAGAUGUUUUCUUUUUUUGCAUUGUUUUUACAGGGUUGGAUGAACCUCUCAGACAUGGCUGUUAGUCGCCAUGUCUGUUUGGAGUGUUGCUGCUCGCUCUCUCUCUUUCUCUCUCUCGUUUUUCAAUUUCAUGCUUCUCCAGUCAGCCAGUUGAUGUACGUAAGUAACUGGGCCAGCAGCGUUUAUGUUGUCUCAUUUAUAUUUGCCACUGUAUUUGUGUACCUAAAUUGUAAAUAAAUUAGCUCCUUGUAACAGUU